ACCCCACAAGAGGCCAGCUACAGUUGUACACCGGGAUGAAAAAAACACUAUCCCUACAGCGGGAUAUAAGUUCCGAUCGUGGUGACUGUAUGAUUGUUUCCCGGUUAAGUAAAUAAUAAGAAACUGUCCGAUGGGAUUGUGAGGAGACGAUCACGGGAUACCGCGAGAGCCUUAAAAUGUUGUUAUGAUAGGCAGACAACAACAAUAGACGGAAAGACAACAACAACGGACUGGCUCGCUAACUCGCUCGCUAGCAUCUUGCCAAGCACUGCGCUGUUUUCAAAUGCUAACUGAACGCUAGCUAACGUUAGCUACUUCAUUAGCAAAUCUGUCCGGUCGCGCUGAAAUUUGACCGGACGCUGUUCAUAGCUGGUUCUGGGUAUCCAGCUAUAUCUACCAGGACAGUCCGUCACCUCUUUUCCACUUUGUAACCAAUUUUGUACUGAAUUUUGCGUUGUGGCUUUAGCUAGCUAAAAGCUAAGUCCCGACUUCUCCCCCUCCCCAGCGGCCCAGCCGGAGAUGCAUGGAAGAUGUCGGUGUCGGGGCUGAAGGCCGAACUGAAGUUUUUGGAGUCAAUUUUUGAUCCAAACCACGAACGCUUCAGGAUCAUUGACUGGAAGCCUGACGAGCUGAGCUGUCAGUUUAAUGUAACUGGGGAAAAGCUGUUAAUUAUCCACUGUAACAUAACGGAAUCUUAUCCAUCUACGCCGCCAAUAUGGUUUGUGGACUCUGAUGACCCGAGCUUGACUCAAGUUUUGGAGAGGUUGGAGGAUGUGAGAAAAGGCAAUACCCUGCUUUUGCAGCAGUUGAAGAAGCUCAUUUGUGACCUUUGUCGGCUGUACAACCUCCCCCAGCAUCCCGAUGUGGAGAUGCUGGACCAGCCCCUGCCUACAGCCACAGUGGGACAAGACCGAAAGCAUGGGACAGAAGAGGUCACAUCUGAAGAAGAGGAGGAGGAGGAGAUGGGAGAGGACAUAGAGGAUCUGGACCACUAUGAAAUGAAAGAGGAGGAGCCUGUGGAUGGGAAAAAAUCUGAGGAUGAUGGCAUCGAGAAGGAGAAUCUGGCCAUCCUGGAGAAGAUCCGAAAGAACCAGAGGCAGGAUCACUUGAAUGGAGCUGUAUCUGGCUCAGUGCAAGCCUCUGACCGCCUGAUGAAGGAGCUUAGAGAGAUCUACAGGUCUCAGAGUUACAAGACAGGCAUCUACUCAGUUGAGCUUGUUAACGACAGCCUGUAUGAAUGGCACGUCAAACUAAGGACGGUGGAUCCAGACAGCCCCUUACACAGUGAUUUACAAGUCCUAAAGGAAAAGGAAGGAAUGGAUUACAUUUUACUAAACUUCUCGUAUAAAGAUAAUUUCCCCUUUGAUCCACCCUUUGUCCGGGUAGUUUCGCCUGUGCUUUCUGGAGGUUAUGUUCUUGGAGGAGGUGCCCUGUGCAUGGAACUUCUGACCAAACAGGGUUGGAGCAGUGCCUAUUCCAUUGAGUCUGUCAUCAUGCAGAUCAAUGCCACAUUAGUCAAAGGAAAAGCCAGAGUGCAGUUUGGAGCCAAUAAAAACCAGUACAAUCUUGCCAGAGCACAGCAGUCCUACAAAUCCCUGGUUCAGAUCCAUGAAAAGAACGGCUGGUACACACCCCCUAAGGAGGAUGGCUAAAAGAGACUAUUGCCUUUCCUGCCCUGGGACCACAUGUCUUAGAUUUUUUUUUCUUUUUCUUGCGACCAAUAUGUUUUUUUUCUUUCUUUUUUUGUUUUUAAUCCUGCAAACCAGUUUGUUCUCUUCAUGAGAGUUUGAACUCCAAACCAAAUUCCUCAUUCAGUGACCACACAAAACUAGCACAUAAGCAAACACUCUCUCUCUCUCUCACACACACACACACACACACACACACACACACACACACACACACACACACACACACACACACACACACACACACUUCCACCCCCACCCCCAUCUGAAAUUUCCAUCCAAGUUCAUCAGCUACUCGCGAGGAUGUCCUCUCCCCGGAUAUUUAUCUCUCUGUGCAUCUGUUGUCUGAUACAAUCUAAUUUUUCCAUUGCGACAUUCAUUCUGUGCUCCAGGAGAACGACGGACUAAAUAGCGCGCAAACUCACCCUUUGGUUUUGGCGUUGAGCAUGCCAAGGUUAUUUGCUGGCUGCGAGUUGAAAGGUGCGGCAUGGCUUUAUCCUCCAGCAGGUGGCAGUCUGAUGCUCCAGUCACCGGACAGUGCCUCUCUGGCCACAGACUGGAUCUGAGAAUGGCAUGCAACGUUCCCUGACGUGAUGCGGUGGUGGCUGGGAAGGACACUCAAAUGCUGGUGGAGGGAAGAACCGCAGUCUUUUCUCUCCAUGGACGGCCUCUGUUAAUAUUGUGCUCAUGUAUUAUCUUUGUAAUGCCAAGAUCCCUCCUCUGGAGUAACGUGCUUCUGAGGCUCGCUUGCUUUCAAACCUCUUAUCUUUUAAAGCUUGAAGCCCUGAGGUGGAUGAAGAUGAAGAGAUUUCUGCAGCCUGGGUGGGACAGCCCAUAAUGAAGAACAGCAUCCUGCUGAGGUCUAAGGUUGGAGACCACUGUCAUCAUCACAACCAGCAGCAGCUGGACCACUCCCUGCAGGAGAGGUUUGGUGUGUGGCUAGGCUGGCAACACGAGAAACAUGACCGGGCAAAGCAGGGGUGUGUUUGGAUUGGAUCACACUGUAAUGUAGUUGAUUUUAACUCCACAUGUAAACAUGUAAAUUUGUAUUUCUGCAAAAGGAUUUAAUUGUUUAUAAUGUAACCUUGUCUGGGUCUUUGGCUAGGCAGAGACUGUAUUACUAUUUACCCCUGACUAUUAGCAGCAGGGGCACUGCAACUUCUCAAGACCCAUUUAGAAUAAGAAAAAGUUGCUUCAUGGAUACUCUUGCAGAAGGAAACAAAAGUACACCAUGUUCUUAUGUAAGCUUAAUGACUACUGCGGUUUUAUUCUUUUUUUUUUUAUAUAUAUAUAUAUAUUGAUUUGUAAUCCUCAUGUUAUUGGCAACAAUGACAGUACCAUUCCCCUUAUUUGAUGGCACCUCUUCACCACAAUGGACGUAACAAUAAUGGCAUAGACACAGCUGUUUCUGGCAUUCCAGAGGUUUGGCUAUUCAUAUCCAAUCACUCAAACCGGAUGAACCUCAGUAAGGCUAUGCAGCGAAGACACAGAUUUGUGGAGUUUUGUUGUACUGAAGAAAAUUAGUCUUAACAGCUGAACAGUGUAGUCACCUGCUUAGUUCUUGUAGCUGGUUCACAUCCUGACCACUUUGCCAAUCCUGCAGUCUGGGAAAAAAAAAAGUGACCUUUUACCUUUUGACUUUUCCUUGACCUUGUGGCUUUUAUUUUUUUUAUUUUUUUGAAACGCAGCCAGAAUUACAAAUUCACAGCAAUAGUCUUGACCAUUUACCUUCUGGCUUCACACCUGGGAAGAUCGACUGGAGUCUGUUCCAUUUUCCAGAUUAUUUGUUCAGGUUUGAUAAAUAUUUGUCCAGAUUUGCCACAGGAGGGACCCAGCUCUUCCCAUUACCACCUCUCUGGUUACUAUUCAUAACCACUCGCGGCACUGCUGUACCCCUCAGUGUGCUGGGUCUUUGAUGUAAUGUGAAUAAUAUGCAGAAAACUGUGUGGAGCAUUCCAGUUAAUUCAGUUACACGUUUGUUGUGGGUGUUCUAUUGUGUGGUUACUUGCAUUGUUUUGAGUAUAUUGUCCUGAAAACCAGCAUAGAAAGCUUAGUUGUGCUAAUUCAUACGGUCAUUCCUCAUGUUUGAGUUGUUGUUUCUUUUUUUUUUUCUUUUUUUUUUUUUUAGAAUUUCCUCAGUGAUACUAACCUCAGUCAAAACACCAGUAUCUUCAAAACGGGUAGAGAUGGGUGUAAAAACAUUGAGCUUGUUCAUGUUCAGCACGUCUGACAUCUGUUUAGACUUGCAGGAUGUAACAGCUGUUAACCCUCCUUUCUUGUUUCACCACAAGCAAAAUCUUAACAUGACUAUCAGUCAUUGGCAUGGUUGUUAACUGUUGUGAUGCCAUUGGUAACGUACUAAUCACUUCGUUCUGGUCACGUUGUCGAGCCCACCCCUGCAUUCUCUGGAGAAGCAAACUCAGGAAUACAUACUGCACACUCGACUUUGCAAAGGAUUGCUUCAGAAUAUCGUCAUAAAAUGCAAGAUUUAAUGUGUCGGUCGUUUUUUGGGGGCCGUUUUAAAAUGGUGGCGCCCCUGUUUUACCAGUAGACAUUGCAGUGUGUUUUGCUGUUGAGUUGCACACACUUAGACUUUCUGAAUGCCGUUGAGGUUGACAAAUAAUUACCAAGCAAGUUUUGUGGAAUGAUCAGAUGAGUCGGAGUAAGGAUUUGCUCCCACUCUCAGAUUAUCCUGAGCCUGAUCAGGGGUUCAGAACACAUCUGCCCUGUGUCUUUGAUAUUGCUUUAUUUUGCAUGUCAAUAUAUCAAUGGGUGUUUUUCCCCAAGCUACUGAAGGCAAAGAGUGGUUGGGUUUGCGUGGUUAAAAAAAAACAACAAACAACUAGAUGUAUCCAAUUUUUUUUCAUGAAUUGUUUUUUUUUUUUUUUGUGGUUUCUUACAUCAGUGCACAGGAUAAUUUCUCCCUAUGCGUUGUGUGUUGAACCACAACAGAAACUAUAUGAGACACAAGGACGUAAAAGACAUCCUACCUGCUUAGAUUACCUUUAAAUCUUCCAGGAUUCCCGACAGAAGUAGCAGGUCAGAUUUAUGUGCCAUCGGAGCAGUCAUAGGCCGGUAUCUUUAACCUGAUCUUUGGAAUAAUGGUGUACUCAAAGUCUGUUGUGCACUGACAUAACAGCUCCUCUCACACCAACACCAGUUGUCCGACUAACAAAAAAAAAAAAAGGAAAGAAAAAAAAAAACCCUUCUCUGCUUUGGCGAGUGACGUAUUGGUCUGAGGUCUGAACUAGCCUGAUUCUGGGUUCUUUACCUUGCUUCAUUAACUGCGUUGGCCGGGUUAUAAAGUUAUGCACUGUUAGCAUGCUUUGGUUUGGUUUCAUUUUUUUAACAUUGCAAGGGUGAUUUUGAUCAUGUAAAGUAAUUUGUAAACUUGCAUCAAGUUUAUGAAUAAAGAAUUUUAUGAAUUA